AUGAAAGACCAUCCGGUUAGUGGAAGGGUAGAAGGUUUAAUACAUGCAGCAGGAUUCAGCGGGAUACUGCAAACUGGGUACAAGUAUGUUGACCACGCGUUAAUAACCGCGUUGGUUGAGAGAUGGAGGCCAGAAACUCACACGUUUCACCUCCCUUUUGGAGAAACGACCGUGACAUUACAGGAUGUCAACGUGUUGUGGGGGCUACCGAUAGAUGGGUUGCCUAUUUCUGGGGCUGACACUGGGUGCACAAUCUUUCCUGAUAAUGCAAACAGCCUAAUUGAUGUCAAAUUUUUAGAUUUUCUGGUAGACUUGCCCGCAUGUUCGGGAUAUAGUUGGGGCGGUGCUGUGUUAGCUCUCCUUUACAAAAACCUUUGUAAUGCUACAGCACCUAAUGCUAUAGCCAUUACUGGCCCAGUUGCGCUUCUACAAGUGUGGGCUUGGGAGAGGUUUCGUUGUUUUGCUCCUGCUGUUGCCCGGUUCCAGUACAAUGCCCCGUUAGCUGCUCGGUGGAAGGGAAGCUUAACGUGUACAGAUGUUUCCACACAUUGCCUGAGAACAUAUAGAUCUCAGCUGCAAUCAAUGACCGAGGCAACGUUUAAUUGGAGACCAUACGACGACAUUCUCGGUAGACUCCCCGAUAUAUGUCGGAGUGGUAUGGGAAUUUGGCGGAGUUGUUGCCCUUUGCUAUGCUACUCGGUUGUGGAGAAUCACUAUCCUCAACGAGUGAUGAGACAGUUUGGCAUGUUCCAGUACAUACCUAACCCAAUUGCAAUAGAUCAUAAUGAGCAUGCCAGACUUCAUUCCAUGAACCGGAGUGGGAAAACCGGCUGGAACUGGUUAAGUCGUCACGCACCGUAUGUUAGUCAGUGGGAGGCACGUCAUCAAAACUUAGUGAGGGGGGAACUCAUUACAUCUGUUGGAGUUGCCAACGAUUACAUGUCGUGGUACAUGGAACAUACGUCGGAGACGAUGGGUCUAAUUCACCGAUCUGAAGAUGUGGACGUUAUUCAUGGUGCGGCUUAUCGGGCCCUUGAGAUGUCUAAUGUUCCACAAUACACACAAUAUCCGACUCAUCUGUCACAGGAGCCGGUGGACCUUGUUUCAUAUCCUCGUACACAGAGGGUAGGCAGGCACCGACGUCGUGCUCGUGGUGGUACAAACGUUGAAGAGGCCGGAACAUCAAGUUGGGGCCCAAACUUCGAAACAGGAGGGGGGAUCAGGAUCCGGUGGUAA